CUUCACUUCGAUAACUGAAGUUUUACUUAAAACAUCACUGACUCCAAAUGCUGUCGGUUUGCCAAUGACAACAUUACUGACGUGACGAUGUGACGUUUGAGGGGUACGUGGUAACACAUCUCUCAUUAUCACGUGUAGAAUGAUAGUAUAACGUCACUUGUGUAAGUUCGAACCCAUAACUUCCGAAAAUGAACAACUCAAGCAUCAGCGAAACCCCGGCCUCGGCAGAAAUGAGGAGAGAACACUCAGAUAAGACUCGGAACCUCAUCGGGAGUCUGGGUCUUCGAGAUCUGAGGCUGAGUAAAAUAAUAGUGUGUGUCGUCUUCGUGAGUAUCCUGGUGGGUGUGGAAGCUGCCAGUGUGCCGUCCUUCCACUCAAGUUUUUCCGGAGAGUCUAGUUAUGCAGGUGACAGUAGCAGUGUGGUGGAGAGAGCCGCUGCCGCUCCUGACACUCAGCCCGGACAGGAUGCCAGAGUUAAGACAGAAAAUACGAGUUCCAGCGCUUCGAAAGAGACAGCAACCCCGAAGAGUGUGAGUGCACAGGCCAGUGACCCAGAAAAAAAGAGCCAAGCAGCAGGGCCAGAAGAGGCAUCAUCGGAGGAGAAGGACACCCCAGAAGUACCUGAGGUCACUGAGAGCAAGAGUGACAAGGUGGACAAACCGGAUUCCAAAGAGUUAAGCGAUGAAAAUGAAGAAGAUGCCAGUACUGGUAAUGAGAUAGAUGAAGCACACCUUCCCAUGGCUGGUUUAAAGGGACUUUCAUAUGAUGCAAUCCUCCGAGGCUUUUAUGUGUUUGUUGGGAUUGGAGCCAUAGUACUGCUUUAUAUUGUCAUAAAGCUUGUUCGGCUCCGUCGCAGAAGGGCCACCCGAAAAUAUCGUGUACUUCCUCAGCAUUCUGAUGACCAGGAGAUGUUUCCCUUGGCUGCAGAUGAUGGUGAUGAUGAAGAAAUAUAUAAUGCUGCUGACCACCAGACUGUGAAGUAAAAUGUCUAAUGAUAUGACCUGUAUAGGAUUAUUCCAAAGCUAUGGAUUAUUUCCAGAAAUAAGAUGUUACUUCGAAAAUUGUGGAACCAGUGAAUAUGGUUUAAAGUUUCAUUUUACAGUGUGCAGUUUGUGCUUAGAAGCAGGAAUAUCAUUUAAUUUUCUUGGAUAAGAGAUUAUUCAUAAAGUACACAGUUUUAUUAUUGUAAUUUCCCAUUUAACCUUAGUGUUGCCUUGAAGAUACAUUGUUAGGGAAUGUUAUCAAUAACAAGAAUAUUUAAUUGUUUAUUUAUUUUAUUUUAUGUUUAAUAGUUCAUGCACAUAUGUGUGGUUGUGUAAAUGCACUUCUGUUUGACGUACAUGUGCAGGUAUCCACAUUUACCAGUGUUUCCUUCUCUCUCUCUUUUUUCUUUUCUUUUCUUUUUUCUUUUCUUUCCCUUUUUUUUGUGUGUGUGAUAUUGUGUGCAAGACAUUAAUCUGAUCAAGACAAUAAAUUAUAUAUCUUCUCUAACUGUAGGUUUAUAAGAGUGAAAGAGGCCAGCUACUGAGUUUUUAUUUUUAUUUUUUUGGGUUAUCAGUAGUAUCAGUACUUAUUUUAUCUUUGUUUAGCAGUUUUGAGUCAAGGAGAAUAAUUACUAUCAAAUGCAAGGAAUUGAAAUAUAAUGUGUAUUAACAGUCAUAAUGCCAUAUUUGAUGCUAAAGCUAUUUAACAACAUAUAUUCUCUGUCUGCCAAACUUGUACUGAUCCAUUAUUAUGACCCUUUGAGUGUGUGUGUCCAGUACAGUGUCAAAAUGGGUCAAAAGCACUAUACUUCAGAAAAUGCCUUAUAUUGUAUAUGAAUAGAUGUUUCAGUUACUGUAAAUAUUACUUAAGAUGAAAUACACAUGCUUCCAGUUAGUUAUAUUAUUAUUUUGAGGUAUUUUAUGUGAUAAUAGAAUAGACUGACAUCUUGAAUAUGCAUAUAGAUCAGACAUCUUGGAUUGAAAGAUAUAUACUUUGAAGUAGCAUGCUGCUUUUGAUAUUUUUAAUGAUGAUUUUUGAGAAAUGUUAUUUGUAAACAUCAAACUUGAGUAAAUUAUUGCCAGAUAUA